AUUCCUUAUCCCGAAGCGUUUGACGCCGGCGAAAUGAAAACAAAGAAGCACAAAAAACACAAAUCUGAGCGACAUGAAGAAGAGAGAUCUGAAAAGGAACCAUUAAGACUGGUAUUGAAGGUUGGCGAAUCUCUUAGUGCACAUAGUCCUCACCAUGAAAGUAAGAAACAUAAACACAAAAAGAAAAAGAAGAAGAAAUCUAAAGAUCAUCACAGACGUGAAGAGGAGAGACCACCUAAGCAUCACUACCAUCAGCGCAUUGUUGACACAGAGGAAGAGAUGGAGGUGUCCCAAGAGGAAGAGGAGCAGCCACCAUUAUCACAGAAGCCAUCAGAAGAUGUAGAAUCGGAAGAUACUGAACACGAUGAUGCUGAUGCUCAUGUUCAGACCCCACAAAGACCACAGGAAACCAUCACUCCAACAAGACCUAGAGGGGAUGCAGAACGUGGAGUGUUAAAAAUCUGUUUGAAAUAUAUACAGAAUAAAAUGCAAGCGAAGGAUGUGAAUGGAUUUUUUGCCUACCCUGUGAAUGAUAUGAUUGCCCCUGGAUAUUCCAUGAUUAUAGCCCACCCAAUGGACUUUAGUACCAUGAUGGUCAAAAUAGACAACAAUGAAUACGAAAGUGUUCUGGAGUAUAGGAAAGACUUUGUAUUGAUGUGCAAUAAUGCUAUGACUUACAACAGACCAGAGACUAUUUAUAACAAGGAGGCCAAACGUUUGUUUCAAAUUGGUAUGAAAACACUGAGUAAGGAGAAACUUCUUGUUAUGAAGAGAACACUUCCAUUUAUGGCCAGUUUACGUUAUGAAGAGUUAGGUAUAGACGAACCAGAUGAUGAGACUAAAGCUGUCAUGGAAGCCAUUGUAGAGGAAGAAAAGGAACAGAAACAAAGAGCUAAAGAUAGAGAAGAAAUUGGUAGAUUUGAAGCUGUACCAGAUAACUUGAGUGUUUCAGAAAUAUUGGCACAGGCCCAGAACGCUGCAAAAGAUGCUGCUGAUCUGUUAAAAUUUCGACAGUCUAAUUCAAGGUUGGGAUUUCUUCGUAAGAGAGAUGAUGGCAGUACGUCUAUGGUAUUACUGAACCCUGACAAUGAUGGAAUUGUGAGUAAGAAUGAACGUGUGAUUAGCAUUGGUUCAUUGAUUGGGAAGUUAGGAACUGGUGGAGGAUCCUUAGCAGGUUACAAAGAAGACAAGAGGAACAGAGUCACUACAGGACAGUAUUUGAAUUAUGGACCGUUUGGUACAUAUGCUCCUCAGUACGACUCAACAUUUGCUAACAUGACAAAGGAAGAAACAGACAUACUACUAUCAACAUAUGGCGAUGAGACAGGAGUAGGGUAUGCCAAAAGUGUAAUGAGUUUCGUUGAGAGUGGUGGUGACUAUGCGAUAGCUAUGGUGGAUAAUUUAUUGGAUAUCCUGACAAAAGGAGAACAUGCUAAAACUAAGAUAUUACAACAGAAAAUGAAAGAUGGAGGUGGUUCUACUGAUGAAAAAUCAGCUAAUAUAGACUUUGAUUCUCUCAGAGGUCUUAGUGAUCUCGGUGUAGAUAUGUCAUUUCUGGAUAGUAUGGAAAAAUCAAUGAAGAAAGAGAAAGAUCCAGUGCAGGAAAAGCUUGAUCAGACAGCUACUUUAUUAAAUGACCUUCAACAAACUCAGAAUGAACGACUAAGUCAGAACUUACCACCACACAUUACUCAAGUACCUGGUCCUUCAGAAAAAGAAAUACAGUUAGCACAAAAGGUCACAAAAGAACUGAAAGAAUUGGCACGAGAGGCACAACCAGCUAAUAUUUCAAGUGUUCAAGGACUACGUAAUGCAAUGGGUGUAGGUUAUGACCCUUCUGAAUCACAGCAAAUAUUCACAUCUAGUCCAUCACAGCCAUCAAAUCAAAUAAAUCAACCAACCCAGCAAUCAUCAGAAAUAAAGACCAGUCAACCAUCUGUUUCAUUACAAGCCUCCACCAAUCAGACGAUAGAAUUACUCCAGUCCAGCAACUAUUCAACGAACAUACCAAACAUAGUUUCACAACAUGUUACUACACCAACUUAUCAACAAACUAAUCCAUUGCCAGUUCUCCAACAACAACAACCAUCAGUUACAAUUGUCCAACAACCACCAUCAGUGUUGCAACAACAGCCAUCGUCACUUGGCCAUCAACAACAGCCAUCGUCACUUGGCCAUCAACAACAACAGUCACAAGUACUACAGUCAUCAGCAGUAUCAUACCAGACUGCAACAGCUUCAUCAUCAGUCCCUUUCCAGCAAGCAACUGGUACCACAUAUAAUCAGCCUAUUACUGUGGGAGAAGUACCAGUUGUUGGACAGGAAGUUCAAAAUGCUCCUGAAGGUUUAACAACUAUAAAUGAUGAUGACUCUGAUAUUGAAAUGGACAUAAGUGAAUUCUUACAGUUUCCAAGUAAUUAAAACAUAUGAAAGAUUGUGUUAAGUGUAAUAAGUGUAUGUCAUUAUAUUAAAUAAUGUUUAAUUUUA